AUGUCACCCUGCGCCCUCCUCCUCCUCCUCCUCCUGCAGGACGCGGUGCUCAGCACCCAGGCAGAUGUUGUGGCCUUCCCCAAGUCCGGCCCCGACCUCCGAAGGCAGAAGAGGGACUGGGUCAUCCCCCCCAUCAGCUGCCUCGAGAACCACCGGGGGCCCUUCCCCAUGAAGCUGGUGCAGAUCAAAUCCAGCAAGGACAAGGAGACCAAGGUUUUCUACAGCAUCACGGGGCAGGGGGUGGACAGCCCCCCCGUGGGCGUCUUCACCAUCGAGCGUGAGACGGGGUGGCUGGAGGUGACGCAGCCGCUGGACCGCGAGGAGAUCGGGAAAUACGUCCUCUUCUCCCAUGCAGUGUCGGCCAACGGGCAGCCCGUGGAGGACCCGAUGGAGAUCAUCAUCACGGUGACAGACCAGAACGACAACAAGCCCGUCUUCACCAAGCAGGUCUUCGUCGGCUACAUCGAGGAGAACGCGAAGCCGGGCACCUCCGUGAUGACCGUGAGCGCCACGGACGCGGACGACACGGUGAAGGUGGACAACGGCAUCAUCAGCUACUCCAUCGUCAGCCAGGAGCCGCCGCGCCCGCACCACCAGAUGUUCACCAUCGACCCCCAGAAGGGCGUCAUCAGCGUCCUCAGCACGGGGCUGGACCGGGAGACCACCCCCAACUACACGCUGAUCGUCCAGGCCACGGACCAGGAGGGCAAGGGGCUGUCCACCACCGCCACGGCCGUCAUCGAGGUCACGGAUGCCAACGACAACAUUCCCGUCUUCAACCCCAACAUGUACGAGGGGACGGUGGACGAGAACGAGGUGGGGCUGGAGGUGGCCAGGCUGCACGUGACGGACCAGGACAUGCCGGGCUCCCCGGCCUGGCAAGCCGUCUACCGCAUCAAGAGUGGAGACCAGGACGGCGCCUUCAGCAUCGCCACCGACCCCAACACCAACGACGGCAUCCUGAGAACCGCCAAGGGCCUGGACUACGAGACCAGGAGCCGCUACGACCUCGUGGUGACGGUGGAGAACAAAGUCCCCCUCUCCGUGUCCCUCAGGCUCUCCUCGGCCAGCGUCCUGGUGCUCGUCAGGGAUGUGAACGAGCCCCCCGUCUUCGUGCCCCCUGUCAAGAGGGUGGAGGUGUCGGAGGACCUGCCGGUGGGGCACGAGGUCACAUCCUACACAGCCCAGGACCCCGACAAGGAUCAGAGGAACAAAAUCACGUACCGCAUGGGCAGCGACCCCGCGGGGUGGCUGGCCAUCCACCCCGAGAACGGCAUCGUCACGGCCGUCCAGCCGCUGGACCGGGAGUCGGUGCACGCCAUCAACAGCACCUACAAGGCCAUCGUCCUGGCCGUGGACAACGGGGUGCCGGACGCAACUGGCACGGGGACGCUGCUGCUGCACCUCCAGGAUGUGAACGACAACGGGCCCACGCCGGAGCCCCGGAUCUUCGACAUCUGCAGCCGGCAGCCUGAGGAGCAGACGCUGACCAUCGUCGACAAGGACCUGCCCCCAAACACGUACCCCUUCGAGGCAGCGCUGGAGCACGGCUCCAGCACCAACUGGACCGUCAAGGUGUCCGGCCAAGACUCGCUGGUCCUGAAACUGCAUAAGGAGCUGGAGCCGGGGGAGUACAGCAUCUUCCUGAGGCUGACGGACAGCCAGGGCAAGGCGCAGGUGACACAAGUCAAAGCCCAGGUGUGCGAGUGCGAAGGGGCAGCCAAAAACUGUCAGCAGGGAGCGUUCACUGCCACGGCCAUCAUCGAGAUCAGGGAUACCAUCGACAACGCUCCCGUCUUCAGCUUCACCAUGGUGGUCCCCAAAGAGCCCCUGAAGAUGCAGGCUGCUCACAGGGACGGACACGGGCUCCAAGCCACCGCCACCACUGUUAUCAGCACGCAGAUGAGGCGCCGGGCCCUCCCAGUGGUGCAGGAGGGGAGCCGGGCUCCGUCCCGCAGGCGGCUGCCCCCCGGGAGGCAGGCAGGUCGGACGAGCACGGCUUGCCCGCGGUGA